AUGGCGCACACGUAUAAUAUCGACACAGGGGCGUGGAUCCAGGAUCCCACAGAAGGAUGGGUCUCCUCCAAAGUGGUCUCCAAAAACAUAACUGGAACAACAGCUACUUUGGUGUUUGAAAUCACUCAUGGUGAUCGGUUUGGAGAGAGAAUCACUAAAACAACAUCUCUUGUUGUGCUCGAAGGCAAUGAAGAGGAUAAGGAUCUUCCGCCGCUAAUGAACCCUCCCAUUCUUGAGGCAUCAGACGAUCUUACCAGUUUAUCACAUCUCAAUGAGCCUGCAGUUUUGCAAGCCAUCAAACUUCGAUAUGCAAAGCGUGAGAUUUAUACCUAUUCCGGUAUUGUCCUCAUUGCGACAAAUCCGUUCGAUCGAAUGGACUAUCUAUAUGAUCCGGGUCUUGUACAGGCUUAUGCCGGGAAAAGGCGUGAGGAUCAGGACCCUCAUCUAUUCGCAAUCGCUGAUACUGCUUACCAGGCAAUGGUUCGGGAUGAUAAGAAUCAAACCAUUGUUGUUUCGGGAGAGUCUGGUGCUGGUAAAACAGUCAGCGCGAAAUACAUCAUGCGAUACUUUGCUACUGUCGAAGACCCAAGCCGACCUGGCAAGCGGAAGAAGGGCGCGGCGGGGGAAACCAUGAGCAAAACGGAGGAGCAGAUUCUUGCUACCAAUCCGAUCAUGGAAGCUUUCGGUAACGCGAAAACUACCCGUAACGACAACUCAUCCCGUUUCGGAAAGUAUAUUGAGAUUCUGUUCGACAAGAACAUCGACAUUGUGGGAGCCAAGAUUCGGACGUACUUGCUCGAGAGAUCUAGAUUGGUUUACCAACCAGCAACCGAGAGAAACUACCAUAUCUUUUAUCAGUUGAUUGCUGGAUCUACAGAAGAGGAGAGAAAAGCUUUGGGUCUUGGCGCUGUCGAGGAUUACGCCUAUCUGAACCAAGGAGGAGACCCACACAUUCCACAUGUCAAUGAUGCUGCCGAGUUCAAGGAUACCCGCUCCGCUCUUGGAACGAUUGGUGUUCCUGAGAUCACUCAAUCCCGUAUAUGGAAGGUCUUGGCAGCCUUACUGCAUCUUGGUAACACAAAUAUCGAAGCUGCCCGAGGAGGAUCUAUACUUUCUGGUACAGAACCAUCGUUAGUCAAAGCUUGUGAACUUCUCGGAGUUGACAACGAAGAAUUCGCCAAAUGGACUACAAAAAAGCAAUUGGUUAUGCGAAACGAGAAGACUGUUUCUCCCUUGAGUCAGAAACAAGCACUUGUCGUCCGUGAUUCUAUCUCUAAGUUCAUCUAUUCGAGUUUGUUUGACUGGCUCGUGGAAACCAUCAAUGCCGGAUUGGCUACGGAAGAGGUUCGGGAGAAGGUCAAGUCCUUCAUUGGUGUAUUGGAUAUCUACGGUUUUGAGCAUUUCAAGCGCAAUUCUUUCGAACAGUUUUGUAUCAAUUAUGCGAACGAAAAGCUACAACAGGAAUUCAACCAGCACGUCUUUAAGCUAGAGCAGGAGGAGUACGCAAGAGAGCAAAUCAACUGGGCAUACAUCGAGUUCUCUGACAAUAGGCCAUGUAUCGAUUUGAUUGAAGGAAAAUUGGGUGUACUUUCCCUUUUGGACGAGGAAUCUCGUCUUCCUGCAGGAACGGACGAAAGUUUUGUCAAUAAGCUUCACCAAAAUUUCGGUAUCGGCAAGCCCAAGGAUUUCCCUUAUCAGAAGCCUAGAUUCGGAAAGUCUGCUUUCACAGUGUGUCACUAUGCUGUCGAUGUUACGUACGAUUCUGAGGGAUUCAUCGAGAAAAACCGGGAUACGGUGCCAGAUGAGCAUUUGGAACUCCUCAGAGCCUCUACGAACCCCUUUCUCACAGAGGUUCUUCAGGCUGGAUCAUCAGUCAGGGAUAAGGAGAUAUCUACCCCAGUCAAGCCCGGUGCUCCCGCUGCCGCCCCCGCUCCACCCGGAAGAAGAACUGGUGCCACUGUCCGAAAGCCAACUUUGGGUGGUAUAUUCAAGUCUUCGCUUAUUGACCUCAUGAGCACUAUUGGUGGCACUAAUGUCCAUUAUAUCCGUUGUAUCAAACCGAACGAAGCAAAGGUAGCGUGGAAGUUCGAAGGUCCCAUGGUUCUCAGCCAGCUUCAAGCCUGUGGUGUACUGGAAACUGUAAAGAUCAGUUGCGCUGGUUACCCGACCCGAUGGACAUAUGAGGAAUUUGCUAGCCGCUAUUAUAUGUUGAUUGAGUCAGAUAAGUGGAAGGCGGGAAGUAUUCGGGACGUUGGACUCUGUAUUCUGCAGAAGACAAUUCCAGCGGAGGGUCAUCCAAAGGAUGGGCAAAAGGAUGGUAAAGACAAGUUCCAAUUGGGAAUGUCAAAGAUCUUUUUCCGUGCUGGCAUGUUGGCGUAUCUGGAGAACAUGAGAACGAGUCGGUUGAAUGAAUGUGCUAUCUUGAUUCAGAAGAAUUUGAGAAAGAAAUACUAUAGGCGUAAGUACUUGGAAGCUCGUGCUUCGAUACUGCACGUCCAGGCAUGGUCUAGGGGAUAUCUUGCUCGCAAGGAGGCGCAGGAGAUGCGUACUGUCAGAGCUGUUACUACAAUCCAAAGGUUUUGGCGUGGUUCAAAGGAACGUAAGGCUUACCACAAGAUACGCGACAAUGUUAUUGCAUUACAAGCUGUGGCCAAGGGUUACCUCACGAGGAAGAGCAUCACCGAUCGGAUAAUCGGAAACGCUGUAAGAUAUAUUCAAAAGGCUUGGCGAUCAAGGACAAUGCGCGAGGAAGCACGUGACCUUAAGCAGAUAUCGUACAAGCUUGAGAACAAGGUCGUUGAGCUUACCCAAACGGUAGGAAAGCUUAAGCAAGACAAUAAGGCACUACUGGAGAAGGUAGAAAGUUUCGACAACCAGGUUAAAAACUGGCGAACGAAGCAUGCGACGCUCGAGAACCGCAACAAGGAGCUGCAAUUAGAAGCCAAUCAAGCUGGUAUCGCUUCAGCUCGGUUGUCACAAAUGGACGAGGAGAUGAAGGCUCUGCAACGCCAAUUUGACGAGUCGACGGCAAACAUGAAGAGGUUACAGGAGGAAGGAAAGUCCUUGCGCGAGGCCCUGUCUAACAGGACAUCGGAGCUCGACCUUGCAAAGUCUCGAGACCAAGCACACGAGGACGAGAAGACGACUCUCAGGCAACAGAUCCAGGCUUUAGAGGAUCAACUUCAGCAUGCUGGUCCACCGAUUGAGGAGAAUGGUGUAUCGGAGAAACCUGCGGGUGGCCUUGCCAAUGGACUCAUCAAUUUUGUGUCGAAUAAGAAGCCAAAGAGACGUAGUGCUGAUGUAAGUGGCGCAACUGGGAGGUUUGAGGGCGAUGGGAUGUAUCGGUCCUCGUACCAGACUCGCCCUGUUUCAAUGAUGCCCCAAUCUGUGCCUAUGCGGCACCGGGACGCGGAGGUGCUAGCCUUUAGUCCCAUUGAGAAUAAUGAGUACGAGUUGCACAGGAUACUUGAGGAUGAUGAAGGGCUCAGUGAUGAGGUUGCCGUUGGCUUGGUAAGGAACCUCAAAAUCCCACAGCCUAACCCGACAACUCCGCCUUUGGAGAAGGAGGUCUUGUUCCCGGCCUAUAUCAUCAAUGUGGUUACGUCUGAGAUGUGGAACAAUGGGUUUGUCAAAGAAUCUGAGCGCUUUUUGGCAAAUGUCAUGCAAUCGAUACAGCAUGAAGUUAUGGCCCACGAUGGCGACGAUGCCAUUAACCAAGGCGCGUUCUGGCUCUCCAAUGUCCACGAGAUGCUGUCUUUCGUCUUCCUCGCCGAGGACUGGUACGAGAUGCAGAAAAAGGACGAUUUCGAGUAUGACCGACUACUAGAGAUUGUCAAGCAUGAUUUGGAGAGUCUUGAGUUCAAUAUCUACCAUACAUGGAUGAAGGUUCUCAAGAGGCGAUUACACAAGAUGAUUGUCCCAGCGAUCAUCGAGUCACAGUCACUUCCCGGCUUUAUCACAAACGAUGGCAAUAGAUUUUUGAACAAGUUCUUGCAAACAUCAAGUACACCUGCGUACAGCAUGGAUGACCUGUUGAGUCUUCUGAACAAGAUCUACAAGGCGCUCAGGGGGUACUAUAUUGAGGACUCAAUCAUCACUCAAGCAGUCACCGAGCUCUUGAAACUUGUAGGUGUUACGGCAUUUAACGACCUCCUAUUGAGAAGGAACUUCUUGUCAUGGAAGCGUGGGCUGCAGAUUAACUACAACAUCACUCGUAUCGAAGAGUGGUGCAAGAGCCAUGAUAUGCCCGAGGGAACACUCCAGUUAGAGCACCUGAUGCAAGCUACGAAACUCUUGCAGCUCAAGAAGGCAACACUCAGUGAUAUCGAGAUUAUCCAAGACAUCUGCUGGAUGCUAUCGCCGAAUCAGAUCCAAAAGUUACUCAAUCAAUAUUUGGUGGCUGACUAUGAGCAACCUAUUAAUGGGGAGAUCAUGAAGGCUGUUGCAUCAAGGGUUACUGAGAAGAGUGAUGUACUAUUAUUGCAGGCCGUUGAUAUGGAUGAUAGUGGUCCCUACGAGAUCGCAGAGCCCAGACAGAUCAGCGCACUUGAGACAUACCUUCCAUCGUACCUGCAGACAUCCCGCCUAAGACGUCUCGCAGACAUCGUUUCUGCGUCAGCGCAGGCACGCGCGGACCAAGCCGCACGGGAAGAGGCGAUGUCUAUUGCAACCACCACCACUACCGCCGGCCUUGGUAUCACAGAUUUAGAUGAGAAGCAAGACAAAUCAGAAAUGGCCACCCUAGCUGAGUUAGAGCCGGUGCACGAGUAA